AGAUUCCCAGGUUGAUACAGUGCUCCCUCCCACACCCCUGACAUGUAUAUAAACUCAGCUCUCUGAAGCCCACUGCCAGUUCUCUUCGUGGACUAACUGCAGCGGAGAGACCAAAGAUGAUUCCUUUCUUAUCCACAUUUGCUCUGCUCUUGCUGUGGGCUGUGAACCCUGCAAAUGCCAAUGGCUAUUAUGACAAGGUCUUGGCUCAUAGCCGCAUAAGAGGCCGGGAUCAGGGCCCAAAUGUCUGCGCCCUUCAACAGAUUUUGGGUACCAAAAAGAAAUACUUCAGCUCUUGUAAGAACUGGUAUCAAGGUGCCAUCUGUGGAAAGAAAACGACUGUGUUGUAUGAAUGUUGUCCUGGUUAUAUGAGAAUGGAAGGAAUGAAAGGCUGUCCAGCAGUUAUGCCUAUUGACCAUGUUUACGGUACACUGGGUGUGGUAGGAGCCACCACAACACAGCAUUAUUCUGAUGUCUCAAAACUCAGGGAAGAAAUUGAAGGAAAGGGGUCAUUCACGUACUUCGCACCGAGUAAUGAGGCUUGGGACAACUUGGAUUCUGAUAUCCGUAGAGGUUUGGAGAACAAUGUAAAUGUUGAAUUACUGAAUGCUUUACACAGCCACAUGGUUAAUAAGAGACUGUUGACCAAGGAUUUAAAACAUGGCAUGGUUAUUCCUUCAAUGUACAACAAUUUGGGGCUUUUCAUUAAUCAUUAUCCUAACGGGGUUGUCACUGUUAACUGUGCUCGAGUCAUCCAUGGGAACCAGAUUGCAACAAAUGGUGUUGUACAUGUCAUUGACCGUGUCCUUACACAAAUUGGUACCUCGAUCCAAGAUUUCAUUGAAGUAGAAGAUGAACUUUCAUCUUUUAGAGCAGCUGCCAUCACAUCUGACUUAUUGGAAUCCCUUGGAAGAGAUGGUCACUUUACACUCUUUGCUCCUACAAAUGAGGCUUUUGAGAAACUUCCACGAGGUGUCCUAGAACGGAUCAUGGGAGAUAAAGUGGCUUCUGAAGCUCUCAUGAAGUACCACAUUUUAAAUACUCUCCAAUGUUCUGAGGCUAUUACGGGAGGAGCUGUAUUUGAGACCAUGGAAGGAAAUACAAUUGAGAUAGGAUGUGAAGGUGAUAGCAUCACAGUAAAUGGAAUCAAAAUGGUGAACAAAAAAGACAUUGUGACAAAGAAUGGUGUGAUUCAUUUGAUUGACGAGGUCCUCGUUCCAGAUUCUGCCAAACAAGUCAUGGAGCUGGCUGGAAAACAGCAAACCACUUUCACAGACCUUGUGGCCCAGUUAGGCUUGGCAUCUUCUCUGAAACCAGAUGGAGAAUACACUUUAUUGGCACCUGUGAACAAUGCAUUUUCUGAUGAUACUUUGAGUAUGGAUCAGCGCCUUCUUAAAUUAAUUCUGCAGAAUCACAUAUUGAAAGUAAAAGUUGGCCUUAGUGAUCUCUACAAUGGGCAGAUACUAGAGACCAUUGGAGGCAAGCAGCUCAGAGUCUUCGUUUACCGUACAGCUGUCUGCAUUGAAAAUUCAUGCAUGGUCAGGGGAAGCAAGCAAGGAAGAAAUGGUGCUAUUCAUAUAUUCCGAGAAAUUAUCCAACCAGCCGAGAAAUCCCUUCAUGAAAAGCUAAAACAAGAUAAGCGCUUUAGUGUCUUCCUCAGCCUACUUGAAGCUGCAGAUAUGAAAGAUCUGCUGACACAACCUGGAGACUGGACCUUAUUUGCACCAACCAAUGAUGCCUUCAAGGGAAUGACAAAUGAAGAAAAAGAAGUUCUGAUUAGGGACAAAAAUGCUCUUCAAAACAUCAUCCUUUACCACUUGACACCAGGAGUUUACAUCGGAAAAGGAUUUGAACCUGGUGUUACUAACAUUCUAAAGACCACACAAGGAAGCAAAAUCUAUCUGAAAGGAGUAAAUGAAACACUUCUGGUGAAUGAACUGAAAUCCAAAGAAUCUGACAUCAUGACAACAAAUGGUGUCAUUCAUGUUGUUGAUAAACUGCUCUAUCCUGCAGACAUACCUGUUGGAAAUGAUCGGCUGCUGGAAAUACUUAAUAAAUUAAUCAAAUACAUCCAAAUUAAGUUUGUUCGUGGUAGCACUUUCAAAGAAAUUCCCAUGACUGUCUAUACAACUAAAAUUAUAACCAAAGUUGUGGAACCAAAAAUUAAAGUGAUUCAAGGUAGUCUUCAGCCUAUUAUCAAAACUGAAGGACCUGCAACGACGAUUCAAAUUGAAGGCGAGCCUGAGUUCAGACUGAUUAAAGAAGGUGAAACAGAAACCAAAGUGAUCCAUGGAGAGCCAAUUAUUAAAAAGUACACCAAAAUCAUUGAUGGUGUGCCUGUGGAAAUAACUGAAAAACAGACACGGGAAGAACGAAUCAUUACAGGUCCUGAAAUAAAAUAUACUAGGAUUUCUGCUGGAGUUGGAGAAACAGAAGAAACUCUGAAGAAACUGUUUCAAGAAGAGGUCACCAAGGUCACCAAAUUCAUUGAAGGUGGUGGUGGUCAUUUAUUUGAAGACGAAGAAAUUAAAAGACUGCUUCAGGGAGACACACCUGUGAGGAAAAUACAAGCCAACAAAAGGGUACAAGGAUCUAGAAGACGAUCAAGGGAAGGUCGCUCUCAGUGAAAAUCCAAAAGCCGCACAACAAAGUUCAUAUAAUCCUAAAUCAACAACCUGACCUGAGGGAAAAUCAUGACAGACAUGUUGACUUCAGAAACUUAAACACCAGCACAAAGAAACAAACCAUCAAACAAUCUAAACAUACAUUUUUUUUCUGAAUGAGAAACAAAGAAAGUUGGAGUUAGCUUCUUAUGGGAUAGGAACUGAAGAAAAUAUAACACUUUUCAGGUUUUUCUUUUUUAAUCUUGACAUUAAAAGUUCUGGCCAAUUUUGGAAUCCGUCAAAGAAAGUUCCCAUAACCUGAAUCAUUCUGAAUCAUUACAAUUCAAAUCUAAGAGUGGUGCUCUGCUAUCUUGUUGAGAAAAUUGAGCCUUGAACAUAGGAGUAGAGAAACCAGAAGCUUCUCCAUGGGAAGCUAAGUCAUAAAUAGGUGCUCAAUAUAUAACAAGCCAAUAAACACAACAUUUUUUUUGCAUCCAAAGGCUUUACAUAUUUCUAAUACAAUGUGGGUUUACUGGUAAAUUAUGUUAUUUUUUACAAGUAAUUUUAUACUCUCAAAAUGUUUGUCUUAUGCUUCUUGCAACACAUAUUUUUAAUCUCAAACAUUUCAAUAAAACCAUUUUCAGGUAUAAAGAGGAUUACUUCAGCAUAGGUAAUUCAUAAAAACUCAAGGUUUAAGUUAAAAAGCUGUUUGGACUUGGGAACAGGACUUUAUACCUCUUUUAUUGUUAACAAGUACUCAAUAAAGGAAAUUGAAUGAAAUUA